CAACCAUAAAGAGCAAUGUACAAGAAUGCAUUAAAAGGUGGCCUACGUACUGCAAAACAAGCAUGGAAACUUAGAAAUGAAUUUGGCAAAAUAAAUCUAGCUCAAGCGAAUACCGAUUUCGAACAGCAUUUGUGCGAAGUUACCCGACCUAUCCAAAGCCGUUACCUCGCAACCAAAUCCCAACUACUAAACAACAACAACAACAAUAAUAAUAACAACAACAACUGGAACAUCAAAAACAACACUAUCACCAACAAGAAAAGCGUUGCUAGCUCAUAUCGAUAUCUAACUGAACAUUAUCGCUCUCGCUCCUCCUUUAUCGCUGCUGCUAACAUCCCAUUUUUCCACCCGUCCCCGCUAGCUGCCGCUGCUGCUGCUGCUCGUUCCCGUGCCCGUGCUGCAUUGUCACAAAGUUUUUUUGAUAAGCCAUUUAACGCUCAUUUCCAUCAUACAGAGACUUCACAUCUAAAUAGCGUUAUCUCAUCCAAGCAAUUUGUAAAAGUCCAGAAACAAUUCUAUCGCGAUUACUCUUCGGUAUCGCUGGGUGCUCCAUUGAAGACAACUGACGCCCCCCUUUUGGGUGAUUUGUGCAAUCAAUAUCGUUCAAUUUUGGGCCACACCUCGGCUGACGUUGUGUUACCAAUAGCCGGUGGCUAUCAACAGCAAUCCCGUCAAGCUCAUACCAAUUGUCAUCCCAACUUACUGACACAAAAGGACGGCGAGGGAACAGUUGCAGGAGCAGCUCCAACUGCUGAUAUGGCUCAUAAAACGGAAUUUAAACGCUUGCCCACCAAUGUGGUGCCAAAGCAUUAUGAGCUUAUGCUCCAGCCAGAUCUGAAGGCUUUCACUUUUAAGGGCAAGACAAUAGUGCAAAUCCAAGUCAAGGAGCCGACUGUAAGCAUCACUUUGAAUGCUUUGGAUAUUAAAAUCGAUGAAUCGGAAUUGCAUUAUGAUUGUACAACAGUUAAACCCCAAAGGAUUAUCUAUUCCACAGAGAAUGAGACAGCGACAUUGGAAUUUGAAAACGAAUUGCCGGCAAAUAUAUCCGGAGUAUUGCACAUGUCGUUUACGGGCGAGCUAAAUGAUAAGAUGAAGGGUUUCUAUAGAAGUAAAUAUUUUACGGCCAGCGGCGAAGAGCGUUAUGCUGGCGUCACUCAAUUCGAGGCUACGGAUGCUCGUCGCUGUUUCCCCUGCUGGGAUGAGCCAGCCAUUAAGGCGACCUUUGACAUAACUCUGGUUGUGCCCAAGGAUCGUGUUGCCCUAUCCAAUAUGCCAGUGAAGAAAGAGGAUGCAUUGCCCGGAGAAUUGCGUCGCGUACGUUUCGAUCGUACACCAAUUAUGUCCACUUAUCUGGUGGCUGUUGUAGUCGGAGAAUAUGAUUUCGUGGAGGGCAAAUCCGAUGAUGGUGUCAUUGUCAGAGUUUUCACUCCAGUCGGUAAACGGGAGCAGGGACAAUUUGCCUUGGAUGUGGCCACCAAGGUGUUGCCGUAUUAUAAAAGCUAUUUCAAUAUUGCCUAUCCAUUGCCCAAAAUGGAUCUGAUUGCAAUUUCGGAUUUCUCGGCGGGUGCCAUGGAGAAUUGGGGUCUGGUCACCUACCGUGAGACAUUCGUGCUGGUUGAUCCCAAGAAUACAUCGUUAAUGCGUAAACAAUCGAUUGCCCUAACUGUGGGACAUGAGAUUGCCCAUCAAUGGUUUGGUAAUCUUGUCACCAUGGAAUGGUGGACACAUUUGUGGCUCAACGAGGGAUAUGCCUCAUUCGUGGAAUUCUUGUGUGUGCAACAUCUGUUUCCGGAGUACGAUAUUUGGACGCAGUUCGUCACUGAUAUGUAUACACGAGCCCUGGAGCUCGAUUCGCUUAAGAAUUCGCAUGCCAUCGAGGUGCCUGUUGGUCAUCCAUCCGAAAUUGAUGAGAUCUUUGAUGAAAUCAGCUAUAACAAGGGCGCUUCGGUUAUCCGCAUGCUCCACGAUUACAUCGGAGAGGAUGAUUUCCGCAAGGGUAUGAAUCUGUACCUGACCAAGCAUCAAUAUAGCAAUACCUGCACCGAAGACUUGUGGCAUGCUCUGCAGGAGGCUAGCUCCAAGAAUGUCGCCGAUGUGAUGUCCUCGUGGACCCAGUUCAAGGGUUUCCCAGUGAUCAGUGUGACAUCCGAGCAGAAGGACGAGUCGCAGCGUAUAUUGCGUCUUACUCAGCAUAAGUUCACAGCUGAUGGCUCGCAGGCCGAUGAUGAGACACUUUGGGUGGUGCCCAUCACAGUGUCCACGUCGCGCAAUCCCACCAAGAUAGCCAAAACUUUCCUGCUGGACAAAAGCUCCAUGGAAGUUGUACUUGAGGGGGUGACUGCAAAUGAUUGGAUUAAAAUCAAUCCCGGUACUGUGGGCUAUUACCGAACCUGCUACUCAAAGGAAAUGUUGGAGCAACUGUUGCCGGCAGUCGAGAAAAUGGAGUUGCCACCAUUGGACAGACUGGGAUUGAUCGAUGACAUGUUUGCCAUGGUUCAAGCCGGACAGGCUAGCACCGCGGAGGUGCUAAAGCUGGUGGAUUCAUAUCGCAAUGAAACAAACUACACUGUGUGGACGGCCAUCACCAAUUCGCUGACAAAUCUUCAUAUUCUUAUCUCGCACACCGAUCUCAUGGAUCAUUUCCAUCGUUUUGGACGCAAUCUAUAUGAGCCAGUGGCCGCACGCUUGGGCUGGGAGCCACACGAUGGCGAAAAUCAUUUGGACACACUUCUCCGCAGUCUGGUGCUCACACGGCUUGUCUCGUUCCGCAGCAAUGAGAUCAUCGAGGGGGCCAAACAGCGUUUCCGUAGUCAUGUGAAUGGCACCAAUCCAUUGCCAGCCGAUUUGCGUACUGCCUGCUACAAGGCAGUUCUCCAGGAUGGUGAUAAGGACAUUUUCGAGGAGAUGCUAGGUCUAUAUCGGUCAACGGAUCUGCAUGAAGAGCAGGAUCGCAUUUCCCGUGCCCUAGGCUGCAUUGGUGAUGUAAAACUGUUGCGACGCGUCAUCGACUUUGCCAUGUCGGGUGAAGUUCGUGCUCAGGAUUCGGUAUUUGUUAUUGUCGCCGUGGCCAUCAAUCCAAAGGGUCGUGACAUGGCCUGGGAAUUCUUCAAGGAGAACAACAAACUACUGCUUCAACGCUAUCAGGGCGGUUUCCUAUUGACACGCUUGAUAAAAUAUCUAAUCGAGAACUUUGCCUCCGAGGAGAAAGCAUUGGAAGUAGAGGAAUUCUUCAAGAAUAAUCAAAUACCUGGUUGCGAACGUACUGUCUCACAGGCUGUCGAAACAAUACGUCUAAAUGCCGCUUGGUUGGCGCGCGAUCGCGCAGAGCUGUCCAAUUACCUGAAGAGCCAGUAAAAUAUACAUUGAUGAUGGCCUAACCCAAGGACCAUACCAAAGCAUUUAACCCACAACUACUACAAAGCAACAGCAACAACAAGAACACUAAAACACACACACACACACACACUCCUACACCCACUCGACCAAAGCAGUGACAACAAAAAACAAGAAUAAAACUUGCAAGAACUUACAGCCCCACUUAUAAGUGA